AUGGGGAAUGAAACCUGCAAUGAUCACGACCUGGUUGCCAUUUCGUUCUCCGUAACUCGGAUUGUAUCGAUUCUGGGGUGCAUCGGGUUGGAUUUUGUGAAGAACAUGUUCAAGCUGAUUGUUUUGUUAAGUGUUGCUCUAGUUGUGAGUGGUCAAACCAAACCUCCUUCCAAGUUUAAGGAAAUUCCGAUUGUUUCAUUGGAGAAUAUUCAGGAAGUGGAUGGAAAGUUUCGCUAUAGCUACGAAGGAGGUGAUGGAACUCGUGCAUCCCAGGAUGGCCAACAAAUCUUCGUGAAUAAUCACGCCGGAACUGCAACUCAGGGGCAGUACACAUAUCAAGGAGACGAUGGCAAAACCUACACAGUGUCUUACAUAGCCGAUGAAAACGGGUACCGGGCAUCAGCCGAUCAUCUGCCCACACCUCCCCCGGUUCCGGCUCCAAUUGCACGGGCCCUGGCAUUUCUCGCCACCCUUCCGCCGCAGCGGGAAAAUCAAAGGAAAUUUUAGUUUCCACCAGUACCGGAUCAAGUUCCUGUACGGCCGGGUGCUGCACCUGCAGAUGCAGAAGAUCAAGCGGAAGUUGCUACUGAAGCGGAUGAUCAAUUGUUGGGAGGGUAGACUG